AUGGCAUCCGUGGAGGUUGAAAAACUCUCAGAACAUCUUCUCAAAUGCCCUAUCUGCCUGGAAACGUACACAACCCCCAAAGUCCUUCCAUGCUUGCACACGUUCUGUCAGCAUUGCCUUCAGGGACUCAUUCACAGUGGAGAAAACAGCAUCGUAUGCCCAACGUGUCGUUGUGAAGUUUCCGUCCCCAAAGAUGGCGUCGGAGCCUUGUCGACCAACUUCUUUAUUAACAACAUGUUAGAUUUCCUUUCUGUGGCCAAAAGUAAUUCCGAUCCCGUCAUCUGCACUAACUGUGAGGAGAAGAACAGAGCCACCUCGCGGUGCAUAGAGUGCAUGGAAUUCCUCUGUGCCCAGUGCGUUGCAGCGCAUCGCAGAACACGUUUGACCAAAGAACACGAGGUGAUCGCCUUAAAUGAUUUGCAAGCACAGAAAGAAGUCCAGGAAAAACUGCACCGGCCCCUUCUCUGCACAGUGCACGAGAGAGAGGUGUUGAAGUACUUUUGUGAGACUUGCGAUGAACCUGUUUGUAGAGAAUGCCUGAUUAUCGAACACCGAGAACAUCACUAUGGUUAUUUGAAAGACGUGGAUAAGAAACAUCGUUCCGAGGUAAGCCUUUGGGUUUAGGGUGCAUUUAUAUUGGAUAGAAUAAGAGAUAUUCUACUAAACAACCUUUGAAAUUUCAACUACUACUUAAACUGAGAGUAACUAGAACUGGCUAUUGUUUAAGGAACCUUUGGAAUGUUGACUUACAGCAUAUUGUCACAUCGAAAUACUCCCAAAGCACGUUAAUACACCUAGAGUAAAUAUGUUUUAUGCAUGAACGCUUUAGACAGAAAAUUGGAAAUUGAGGGUCCGGAAAUAUUUUACCAGCCGUAGUUUAAAUGAUGAACAGAAUUCUUCAAAAGCUGACAUGUUCUUGGAAGGGUCGCCAGUGAUGCUAAAAACACUUUUCAAUGGUAAUUAAUUUUCAAUGGUCAAUUUAAUUAACUUAAAAGUAGAAAUUUCAACUUAUAUUUACCAUUUAUUUAGUCUCUUAGUUUAUAUUUCUUCAAUUUAUUUCUAAAAAGGUCGCAAAGAGAGUUCGUUUUCAAGUUAACAUUAACAGCUCAUUUUACCGAAUACUGAUCUAACAUUGUUUGUUUAUUUAAGUUCAUUGUUAGCCAUCCCCCCAACCCCGAUUUCCCUGAAAGUAUUUCUUUUCAUCUAUUCAUACAUCCAGGUGAUCUGAGUAACGCCUCCAAAUAAUGGUGGCUUCAGCUUUAAAUAUAACAAUUUUGCGUAAAUUUCCAUCUCCGCUGGAAUUCCCAAUAAAGUAGGAAAGUAUGGCUUUUUAUUCGUAAAUCAUAAUUGGGUUCUUCCAGCAAAUUAAGAUGCAUGAGCACCGUAAUUGCCACUGUGUUUGUAAAGAAACGUAAAUUGCCUUUAUCUUAUAAAAGUAUUACAGUCCAGCUUCCACGCUUCUAAGCUGGACUUGCCAUGCCCCCUGGCCUUAGUGAUCAUAGCUUUACCUCUGUCAGUAUUAUGACAUACCAUGUGCUACUCAAAUUAAAUUCACCUUUUGCAUAAUUAACUGUCAUAAUUUUUUUUUUAUCCAUUAACCAAGCACGUGUAAACGAAGUUAAUAAACUUAGUAAGGCCCCAUUAUGAACCAAAAAGCCCUGUAAGGCUCACCUUCCAGUCAAGAAAUUCUUGAGUUUUUCAAUCUCCCAUUUUUUCUUCGGAACACAUUCAGUAUCAUAUAUAGCUUCUGGUAUAGACCUGGAUAGUAAAUCGAAAAAAUAGCCACACCUGUUAGUUCAGCAUCAGAGUGUAACGUUGGAGACACAAAUGGUUCUUUUUUUUCCAGCUUAACCACCACUGCUUACCUAAAAUGUACAUGGUUACUACUUUCGUCGAUACAGUCAAAUCCCCAGGUUAAUACGCGCGGAUACUGAGUGGGUCAUAAAAAGUGUACGUAUUAACGGGGCCAGUCCGUAUUAAGCGGGUUGAAUUCAGAGAGAAUGUAAGGGCUUUCUUUCCCCAGGGACAAAGCAAACUGCCCGUAAUAAUGAGACGUCCGUUUUAAACGGGUGUCCUUUAAUUAAGCGGGGUUUGACUGUAACUCUAAAUCUCUAGACUGUUCACAGUCUCCUAUUUUCCCGUGAGAUCGUCGAGACAUAACGCGUCCUACCAUUAAUGGCGGCCAUCUUGAUUUUUAAAUGUUCUGAGGAGCGGCGUCGGUGAUUAUAGCUCUAGUGCGAAGGGGGGCGAGAAAAAUAUUUUUCGCUUCCUCCCAAACCGCCCCCGGCCCCUAAGUAGUUUUGACUCUCAUGCAAAAUGGCACCCUGUAACGCAAAGCGCUCGAUCUCGACGAUCUUACGGGAAAAUAGGGGACUGCGAACAGUCUACUCAGAGAAGACCAACUUAACUUGCCCUCUCGUUACAGACGGAGAACAAUGUGAUAACGUGUCUCUAAGCCAGUAUAAACGUCCAAUCAUUCAUUAUUCAUUCAUUCAGUCGCUAUUCCUUUAUCAGUGCACUUUUGAUUUAUUCUUUCAUUCUUACAAUCAUUUACCAUAAAUUGUUUUUCUCCUUUUUGGUUUCUGUUUACUUAGGUUGGUGUGUUGGUCAUGAACACAAAGAAAAGAAUCGGUCCACUUAAGGAGGCCAUCGAGAAAGUCACCGAAACGAAACAAAGGCUGGAUUAUAAGCUGGAGGAAGUAAGACAAGAGGUAUAUCAGAACUGCAAGCGCUGCAGAGAAGUCAUCCAAGAGAGAGAAGAAGAAAUAUUAACUCAAGUUAACAACUUGUACCGCAUGAAGUCAAAAACACUAGAAAUACAACUCGAGGAGCUUCAGCUAAUGUUAGGCAAUCUAAAUAGCAGCAUCGAUUUCACGGAAAGUUUGCUUAGACACGGUAACGAAGCAGAAGUGAUGAUUGUAAAGAAACAGAUGACACAACGCUUGCAUGAACUAAACAAUUUGAAAUUGGAGUACUUGCCAUUGGAAGAUGCCCUCAUCGAUUACACGUUUUCCACGGACAAUUUUAGAAAGGCAAUCGACCACAUUGGAGAGGUGAAAGUUUACCACGCCUAUCCACCUUAUUGCUUUGCCACUGGUGUUGGAAUUCAUCGCGCCAAGGCAGGCUUGGAAGCCGUGUUUCUUGUCACUGCAAAAGACAGGAUGAAUGAAAUAUACAGCGGUAAAGGGGAACCUAUCAGUGUAGAGAUUGAGCCACCCGAGGGAGAUCCCGUCCCGAGUAGGUAUUUCUUCUUGGAGUAUAGGCUGAAUACAGUCAGCAACAUCGUUUCAAGUCUAUAAUGAGCCUUUUCAAUCUUUGCGACAUAAUAUAGUUUUUAAAAACAAUGAAAAUUAGGAUCGCUAGAUCACUGAAAGGUUGGCUUUCAUUUGUAUACCCUUAAUUCUCUUGUUUAAUCGCGUACGCGCUUUCCUUUGCCGAUUUAAGACUCAAACUUUCUCUUUCAUCUCAGUUUCUGUCAUAGACAACGAAGACGGAACUCACACAGUGUCUUAUCAGCCAACAGUAAGAGGAAACCAUCAGAUCACGAUUACUAUGAGAAAUUGCAACAUCAACGGAAGUCCUUUCAGUGUCAAUGUGACUGGCAGAAUGGACUUUGCCAAGGUUGGAAAGGUCAUGGCGUGCUUUGGCUGCGAGGGCACUGGAGGAGGUACUUGAAGAAAACAUAACUUACCUUUCAAUCUAGUUGCAAAAGUAAAUAAGCCGUGACUUUGUUUUGUGCCCCUCUAAUCUGUGACUCGCUCAACCAAUCAGUAAGGAAUCAAGUUUUCUGUUCUUUUUUUUUUCCCAAGCCACCUGCAUGAAUUAGCUUUGAAGAGAUGUUUUGGUUCAUUUGAUUGCCUGCAUCUGUUGCGAUUGGCCAGACAGAAUAAUUACUGUAUUGAAUUUUGCUUUUUAACAAUUAAAUGUUUUAAAAACUUAAAUUACGAAGGAGGGAGGGCUAUGUUGAUUUUCUUUAGUUAUUAUUAAGGACUUUAAAUGGUUUUCAUAUCUGAUUAUCUUUCUUUCUAGGUGAAUUUAACAUGCCUUGGGACGUAGCUAUUGACGAAGAAAAUCAUCAUCUUAUUAUAACAGACUGCAACAACCAUCGAGUACAGGUUUUUGACUUCGAAGGAACAUUUAUGUUCAAGUUUGGUGCAGAGGGGGCGGAAAAAGGCCAGUUUAGAAACCCCAAAGGAGUAGCUAAAGCCUCUAAUGGGCACAUAAUGGUUGCUGACUUCAACAAUCACCGAGUACAAGUAUUCAACGAGGACGGUCGCUUUAUCAGGAAGUUUGGUAGCUUCGGAGUUGAACGACCAGGCCUCAUGAAUCAUCCGUGCGGUGUGGAAUGCAUCGGAGAACUGGUGAUAGUUUCGGAGCAAGACAAUCACCGGGUUCAACUGUUUAACAUGAAUGGGGAGCCGGUUCGACAAUUUGGAUCCCAGGGCUUUUCUAAGGGACAAUUCAUAUACCCACAUCACGUAAGCGUGAAUCAGAGGGGAAGAAUCAUUGUGGCAGACUGUGUCAAUGAUCGUAUUCAAGUAUUUGAUAUGGAAGGAAAAUGUCUGUCAGACUUUGGAAAGGAAGGUAGGGCUUAAUUAACAACAAUAAAUAUGGUGAUGAUAAUGAUGAUGAUGAUAACCUUAAUGAUGAUGAUUGGUAAUUCCGUAUUAAAAAAGAGUCAACCACCCAUAUAAAGGAGCUUCCUUACCCGUGAUAUUACCAAAAGCUACUGGACUAGUGAACGUGGUUUUUGCGAGUGUUGCAGUCCUCUGACAAUUAUGAAACAAUCGCGAGAGUGAAAGUAUUGAUGAUUGGCUUAAAUUUUUCUCUUAUACGUACACAAUGAAUUUUUCUCUCAUUUCAGUUUAAGGUGAUCCCUUCUUCAAAAGGUCCCUUGUCGCCCCUUGUAAGGUAAUCCAAGACAGGCUUGGAUUCUGGAUUCCACGCCGUAGAUUCCGGAUUCCAGCUACUGGAUUCCAGUCUUUUUCUGUGGAACUAGGAUUCUGGAUUCCAACCUUUAGUAGGAUUCCGGAUUCCUUGCGUUGUAUUCCGGAUUCCAAAGCCCACGAUUCCAGAUCGCACAAGCAAAAAUUUCCCCGAGUCCGGAAUCCGGAUUGCCAUACAUCGGGCAACCAUUGUCUUUUGAGUCGACUGUCUAGUCAGGCAAACUCAUCCUCCUUAAUUUGCUAAAUAAAUCUUACAUAUUGUUGAAACAAAGCUUUGUAAACACGCCAAUUUAUUAAAAAGAAGAACACGUAUCGAAAUAUUUGUAAGUCGUAAUAUCCGUAGUCGUAACUGUUAAUAUUGUUUUUCGUUUUGAAUAUACAUAUACAAUUAAACCAAGCGUUUCUACUAGGCAAAAUCAUUUAUUUUAACUUUUGAAUCAAGUGGAGAUUAUAGGUUAGAACUUAAAAAUAACAAAAAGUAAAAAAGAAGCAAUUUUGCACGUAAAUGCACUGAUUAUGCAGGUUUUAUAUGCGUGUUGGCAAGUUAAUGAAUGUCGCGUGCAAAGUUUUAUGUCAAAAGAAAAGCGAAGGCAGUGCUGCGGUGUAGAUUGAGUAAAAUGAUCGACUGUUACUUAGUUGUUCAGCUUACUGUAGAGUCGAAAUGUUAUUUCUCAAAAACACACGUUACGCAUUUUGAAGCAAAUUUUGAGCUUACCUUUCUAUGACUUGUGAUGUUGUGACAUUUCGCCGACUGCAUAAAAGGCAACGACCUGACGACAGGUCUUCACACCAAACUAGUACGCAAGCCUGGCGAUAAUACUGCUUUCUUCCAGGACUGUAGGGUUCUUCUUUUUUGUCGUUCGGUCUCGUAACAAUUAAAACGGAUGCUCAUCUGAGUGCAGGAAGCCAUUUAAACGCUGUGAAUGAAUUCCCCUGGUAAUCUUCAAACUCGCACAAGGCUAGUAGCCUAAUUUUUCCAAGUACACAAAUAUUCACUUGCUGUAAGCCUAAGUCACCGUCAUUUAUCUUUACGAGGUCCCUUUUAGGUAUUAUUCGAGUAUUCUAUCCUUAUCUUCAUCGUACAAACGUACUCCAAGGCAAAGCUGCGAGCAAAUCUUGUUCAAAUUUUCGCCAAGAACCAGCCAAGUUUCCCGCCAAAACGAGCAUGGUGCAACAUGGCCUUGCACGUGAUCACAUAAUGUUCGGCCAAUCAGCAGCGAUAAGUUGAAUUUUAGUCCCGUUUCUUGACAUCCGAGCAAUCAAAGCUUUUUAUUUUACCUCGACUGCAAAAAUAAAUCAGGAAAAUUAUUCAAAAGAAAAAUACCCUCUCUUUCUAUCUUCUUUUAAGACAGAACAUAUUUAUUUUUUGAAGGAUCCCAGAACGGAUUAUUCGAUGGCCCUGAGGGAGUAGCCUGUGACGACGAGGACAACAUCUUGGUCUGUGAUUAUCACAAUCACAGGAUACAAGUGUUCAAUUCUAAUGGCGAGUUUGUGAACACCUUUGGCGCCUUUGGUGAAGAUGAAGGCUGUUUCAAGAACCCCUGUGGCAUAGCAGUAACUAAGGAGGGAAAUAUUGUUGUAGUGGAUAGUGGAAAUAACCGGAUCCAAGUCUUUUAAGUACUCUUUUUAUAAAUAGCACUUUUUCGGAACUUUUACAAUACAUUAGUCGUCCAAACAAGUUAUCUUAAAUGCCUUUAUCUGAUUAUUUCAUUUUAUACUUUUACUCAAUCAGCUCAAUCAAGUCUAUAACAAGUUUGCCUAUCCGAUACUUAUUUAAAAGUCACCAACGUUUUUAUCAAGACCACGUUAUAAUUGAAUUGUAAAUAAUUUAUGGAGUGAAAGCCAAGUUUUAGGUCAAGAUGACUGUGAGCUAUAGAUGUAAUCUAAGGUGCUGGUUUUCUUUCCUUCGAGGGCUAUAGUUUCUGUCUUCAGGCUCUAUCGUCGAAAACGUUUAAAAGUAUUUUUUUUUGGAAGGACAUAAUUUCAGAACUUGAAUUUAACAAGCGGAAACACGAAGAGGAGGAAAACCCCGCCGCUGUAAGGGCAACGAAACUCUACCUUUUAAGCUAGGCUGAUAGCCAAUCCCUACGCAAGUAUCACCUCGAUCAUGUCCAGCUCCAUUCAUUUAUCAACACUGAUUAUUUCCUGGCUGCAAUCGUUUCAUAUACAGUCAUUCUCAUAUUUAUGUUAUUUAAGCGCGAGUGGAGGUAUAUUGAUACAUUUUCAUAUUAAAUUUCAUUUUUUAAAGAAGAAGAACAAGAGGAAGAAAAAAGGAUAAAGAAAGAAAAAGUGAAUUAAUGGCCGCUUUUUCACGGGAUUGCUCGUAGCAAUGGCUCGUAUGCAGUUGCUUGCAGGAAAGCUCGCAGUAAAAAACCACGCGCUAGUGGCAUGCGUGAAAGAAGGGUCUCGUGUAGCUCACGUUACUCGCCACCAUAAAAAAUAGAGAGCUUGCUCGCAGACUGGUAUACCGUGGUCAAUAAAGUAGACUGUAAAAUAGUGUACAUAAAACGCAAAUUCUAAUUCACAAAUUUGUCGUCGGUGCAUACUUUUGAGCGUCAAACCGUUAUAUACAAUUCACUUUGUUUUAGUUCUGAAAAUAACACAAAAUUAUACACGUGUCGUGCCACGUGAAGUUAAAAGGGUAA